GUUUGAAGUAGCUCAUAGCUCUGUUCAGUUACUUUACCCCUGAAUGCCUCUGUCUUUCUCUUGCCUGCAGUCUACCCAUGGCAAGCGCAGUGACGUCGGCCUCGGGGAAUUUCCGAGCUGCGGAACUUCAGGCAGCUUCGAAGCAGCCAUCAUCUCUCCACAACGCUCGUUUCUCAUCAUCAAAACAUCUGCAACUGGCGCACCAGCAUUGCAAAGUACACAACAGUAAUAGACCUGCUAUGACCACGUUGUGCCACACCAAUUGCGCCUCCUAGUACCGGUGAAGCUCUUCUGCCUAGCCUAACAUGUCUCUCACACUGAAAAUUACCUCGCUGUUCGUGAGGACGCUUGCAAAGCCUAUGGCUAAUGCCAUCAAGCGCAAUGCCCACGAACACGAGCGUUUCCGCAGAUUAUGUGUCGGCUUUGCGCAACGGGUACACCGAGUAGAUAUGCGCAUGCGCCUCGGCCUCCUACAGGACCCCGCGGUAAUCGAUCGGCAAAUCAAGAAGGAGGUGGCGGCAGCUAAGGCUGCCCGAGACAGACAUGCAACGCCCACGGUCAAGACAGAAGCGGAGAUGAAGACCGAAGAAGAAAUGACAGAAAAGGAAAAAGAAGAUAUCAAGAAGAGGACAGAGGAGAGGUUCAAGCCACGGAUUCGACCGCUAUCCGAACAAAAGGCUAUCGAGACCGGAGCAAACUUUGUCGCCGAGACGUUCAUCUUUGCUGUCGGCAUCAGCGUUAUUGUGUUCGAGCAAUGGCGCCAGAGAAGGAAAGCUAAGAACGCUCGAGAUGAUAUUCGGGAGGACCUCGAAGAACUGCAGAUCGAGCUGAAGACUGUCAAAAGCGAGCUGGAGGAGUUGAGAAAGAAGCAGCCUGACCCUGUACAGCAAGGAAAGCUGCUCAGCUUCUGGAGAGGUAGCGGAGUAUCUGAGCAUCAGAAGACGGAGGAGGAACACCGAGCCGAGGCCAAGACAGCUGUUGCUAAAGAGAAGGAAGCCAAAAGGCUCAGAGAGCAAGCGGAGGCAGAAAUGCCUUCAAGCGCAACCAAUCUCACGACCACACAAGCAUCGAACCUUUCCCAAGGGCAACCGACAUUGGACGAUAGCAAAACCCAGCAUUGAGCUUCAACCUUUCACAUUGUCCGGAGAUUGGAUAACCUGUUUCACUCUGGCUUCUCUUUUCCACUGAGGCUGCUACGGCGGACUGCGCUGGCCACCAUCUCGCAGCCCUGCUUUGUACGCUGUAAAUACUUUCUCCUCUCACGAUACCCAUUCCGCUUAUAGAAGGACGAUAGAAUUGUGC